AGCCAAUGAUUGGCUACUAAACAAUACGAGGAAGAAGAUGCACAUCUUGCUAAUUGUGUGUUGGAUCAACGUCUCCUUCAAGCAGAAUGGCGAGCUCAGUCACCAAGGAGAUCUCCUUUGAGGAUCUGAAAGCCCUGCUGGCAAAGAGCAAGAAUCUCCUUCUGGUUGAUGUUCGCACUAAAGAGGAAGUCGAUAAAGGAAAAAUUCAAGGAUCCGUUCACAUCCCACUUGAUACAGUAGACGCUGCUUUUGCAAUGGCGCCCGAACAAUUCAAGUCCAAGUACGGAGUAACAAAGCCACAGCUGGAUGCGCCUGAGCUGGUGUUUCACUGCCAGUUGGGUCGGCGAGGGGACAUGGCCACGACCAAGGCCCGCCAACAUGGAUACGUAAAUGCACGCAAUUAUGCCGGGGGAUACAAGGAGUGGUCUGAGAAAGGGGGAAAGUGAUUUCUGUUAAGGCUAAAUCUGUUUUUAGAUCAUUAAUGUCAUUUUAUUUAAUAUUUAUGAAUACAUGCAAAUUAAAUAAAUGAUAUCUUCUCACAUAAGUG